AGCGGGCGGACUACUGGGAAGUGGUUUUGAUUUAUAAAGGAACACCUGGGAUUUCAGUUUCUGGUAGCUUUUUAUAGUUCGGGGAUGUAGAGCAGCUCCCAUUCAUACUUCUUGUGGGAGAUUUCUGCUUUGCUGAGUCGUGGAUCACAUCUCUGGGGGCAGAAGGAGGGAGAGUGGAGUGAAAGAGAGGGAAGGGAGACAGACUCAGAGGUGCAGAGGGAGUUUAGCUGCUGAAGCAGGAGCAGAAAAUGGGACCGGCUGCCACCUCGCUCGCUCUGCUGUGUUUAUGUUGUCUGUGUGUUUCUACGGGGAUUGUGGAUGCUUCACCAACACAGACUUCUCAACAAGAGGUGAAGAAGGCAAGAGGCGACGUUCCUGAUAUUCUUCCGGAGCCUGAACCAGAGCCAACCAGUCCGGUGUCAGACUUUGAAAACUCAUACAACUAUGUCUUGUCCAGACUGGCCGGUAUGGACCAGGCGAUCCACAAGCUGAAUGUUGGUCACUACACCCUGGAUGUUAAAGUCAGUCAGCUGAUGGACCGUCUGUCCAGGAUGGAUGCUAGAGUCGGGGAGCUGGAGGACAGCAUCCGUGAGGUUUACCAGCACAGCAAAGACAACCGCAAAGAGAUGGGAAGACUGGAAGGCUGUCAGAAAGGUCGCAGGAUUGGAUACAAAUGUUACCUUGUGUACAACAGUCAACAGGAUUACGCCGGCGCCUCCAGAAAGUGUCUGGAACGAGGAGGCCGAAUGGCGAUGCCCCGAGACCGCAAAGAGCAGGAGGCCGUCGCUGACUACGUCAAAACAUUCUUCCAUCCGGGAAACUGGCCCGUCUGGCUGGGUAUUAACGACCUGAGAUCAGAGGGCAUGUAUCUUUUUGAAGAUGGGACGAGGGUGUCGUACUUCCAGUGGCGAAAACAUUUCUUGUCCAGUCAGCCUGAUGGAGGGAGGCGGGAGAACUGCGUGGCGAUGUCGUCAGAUGAUGGAGACUGGUGGGACCAUUACUGCGACCGGACCAUGAACUAUAUGUGCGAAUUCGACGACAGGGUGGCACUUUAAAAUGAACAUUUAUCCUGACAACUUUAUGCCCAAUCCCAAUCUCCUAAUUUACACAAUCCUGGAUUUAGAAGCGUGUUCCCAGUAAGAGUUCCUGGGACUGUCCUAGUUUGAAUUAUCAAGUGCACAAUGACUUUGAUGCCAAUCCUACAACACAAAAACAUUCACUACACGAUUCCCUAUUUCCUGUGGGACUUAGCUGGAGUUCAGAGCCAACUAUGUUACCUUAAGGAUGCAGUUCACAGCUUUUGCAUGGUGGAACAAUUGUGGAAACGCCCCCUGGUGGGCAAAAGAGGCUUUCCACUGCUGUACAUUGCAGAGAAGUUGACAGCCUCUGUUGCCACAAGAAAUUGGUUCAACUGGAUGCAUAAACCAAUGAGGACACAACCCUGAGUUAUACUUUUACAAGACCUUUACACACUUUUUUUGAGAACUUUGUUCUCACUGAUGCCAUUUACAUCUCAGCAGGUUCAGUGUUUAAUCUCUAGGGUGGAGAUUGGGAUUGGGCCUUGUUCUUACCCCCUUGGACUUCACCUCCAACCACUGAUUACAAAGAAAGGCAGUAUGUUUAUAAAUUAUUUUCCUUCCAAAAAGAGCCUUGUAUACCUGGAUUGGUUGUAAUCACAGGUAAGGUUAAGUCUUCAAAUUUCCAUCUGAGGAGAUCUAGUGGAUUUUCAUAUACACGUCCAGUAAAAAUCCUUUUGUUUAGUCAUUGUUGUAGGAUCAUUAAAGUAUUAGCAUCUUUGGGGAUACAGUUUUGCUAUAGAAAUAAUUCAUGCUUUUUAUAGGUUUUAGAAAGACAGAUAUAGUUAUGUCUCAAAUACGCACAAAUUUGUCAGAGUUAUGACUUUAUACAUUUAAUUAUAAAUAUUAAUGUAGCUGCAGAGAUAUGGGGUAAACUAGUCUGGACUCUGCUGUGAUUUCACGCCUGGAAUUCUAAAUAUUUGUUCAACGGAUUUUCCAGAAAUGGAAAAACAUGCAAAGCUGGAGGGACUUUUCUCAGAAUCAGUGCAAACUGACCCUCUUAAAGAUAAAAAUCUGUGUGUGUUUGGGGUUUUAGAAGAAUUAGGAAGGGCCUCUCUGUUAUUUCUGAGCUGUAAAGAUAUUUUCACAGUGUCUGGUACCAGAUGGGACCGCUCUGUUUAACUGCUGAUUCUCCAACAUCUCUGACCAGAACAUUACUGAGUCUGUCAUCUCAGCCAAACACCAUCACUGUUUACACGUGUCCCACAAUGUGUAAAACAAGAAAGUUGUACAUAAAAUGCUGAAUGUAAAUGUUUAUUAUAAAUCUUUACUAAAAGUUGACAUGGUUUAUAAAAUUAUUUUUUGAUUGGUUGAGACAUUUUAGCAGGUAAGAACCAAUUUUCCCUCUUAGUAUGGCUGGGUAUUCUGAACUGCAUACUUAUGCUGGUGAGGCCACAUGGUGGUCUCUGUACAAGUCUGGGCUCUGUCCCGGGACAAUGGCUUCCUCCUACAGUCAAACAAUGCAUUUCAGCUUCAUUGAUGACUCUAAACUGCCCGUAAAUCUGAGUGUGGGCCCACUACGACAUAGCUUUGAUGCACAUGUAUGGCUUAAGACUGGCCACAGGACCCCCAUGAUCCCGCGCAGGACAAGGAGGUUGUUGGUUUUUUUGUUUUGUUUUGUUUUGUAAGAUUUAUUUUGGGCUCUUCAUGCCUUUAUUACAUAAAGGAGGACAGUAGAUAGAGCUGGAAACAGGAGAGAGAGUGGGGAGAGACAUGCGGUAAAGAGCCUCAGGCCGGAUUCCAACCGGCCACCUGCGUACAUGGGUAGCGCCUUAGGCCGCUAGGCUAUCUGUGCACCCCAGGACAAGAAGUUUUGAUCAGUGGAUCCCAAAGUGGAUGUAGAACCUCUGUGGAGUCAUGAGACACUAGUAGGGGUCAAAAAUUCAAAGAGAAAUUACAAAAAUGGUUUAGAUGGAAUUUUUUGCCCAUUAUGAUAAAAAAUAUCCUUAAAAUUAAUUCGAUUUUAAAAUCAAACUGAAGUGAUUAAGUGUGAUCUGCGCUUAUGAUGUGCACAGAUCUCUUAAAAGGUAAAUGCCUACAUGAUGCUUGUGCAACAUCAUAGCCUUUAACCAACACCCAAGAAAAGCGGGGGUCCAUGCCUCCUGGUCUCUGGCAUUUUCAAUUUGGGGGUCAUGGGUCAAAAGGUUUGGGAACCACUGGUACAGAUAAAGGAUGAAUUGGUAUCUCAGUGGGGUCCAUUAACAAGAACUGAAAGAGUCUGAAAAUGUUGGCUGUUGUCCCAAUUGAAAAUGUGAAGAUGGCAUUAUGCAUGCACCAUAUUUAAAGGAACCCCUUUGUUUUUUUAAAUUUAGUUCUAAACAACGGCCUCAAUACACCACCACAUUUGCAGACUUUGUCACCUACUUCCAGUUGAAAUAAGUGCUUGCACUCUUUGAGGGGUUAAUUGCUGUAAAACUGCGGAUGAUCAUUCUGCAGUGGAAGUGAGUCAGGUCUGCAAAUUCACAAGCCUGCACAGCUGUUCUUCAGUCAGUCUUUGUAACUUAAACCAGACAAAAUCUAAAACUUUAAAAACAAAUGUACUUGCAGAGGACAGGUAAGUGUAACACCUGGGUUUUUGUUGUUUACAGCUAUAUAAAAAGAUAAUACAAUCAACCCCAGAGGAGGAAAUCAAAUGUUGCAGCAGCUCUUCAAGCCAGUCUACUUUUUACUUCUUAUUUUCCAGGUAUGAUGAGUGGAAAUAUAUUCUGUCUUCAAUUUUACCCAUUUUGAAUUUAAGAUUUGCUUUGGCCCUUGUUAAUACAUCUGUUCUGCUGCACCAUGCCAAUUUACACCUUUUUCAGCCAAACAAAACAGGGAGAAUUGUGUACAGUUCUUAAAAGAUGGUGCCAGCAGCCCAGUAUUCUACACUGAAUGACUUAACUUUCAUUCUCUAUGUACAAAACUGCAUGAAAACAUUUGUCCUGAUAAGGAGUCUAAAAUGACCAGUUCAUUAUGGACAUUUUUGGGUACUUAAUGCUCUGAAACAGUCUUUUUUCAUACCUGCUCUCAUGAAAAAUUCUAAAAAAAAAAAAAAAAAAAAAAAAAAAACAGCAUUCAAAGCUUAGAGGUCAUGUGUUUUAGUCCUUUAAAAAAAGGUUUAUAUUGGUCUAAAAGGUCCCCAAAUCAUAACUGUUUAGUUUGUUGCUGAGAAAACACUCCAGUGUUAGAUUUUUGCAUGUCUUAAAAUCCCUAUGUUAUGGUCCUGGUCAGAACAAGCUGUUUCUGUGCUGUCUGACUCCGCCCCUCACAGGUUAUUGAUGUGGCUUAAUGGGUAUGGCUCUCCUGAGCUGAGAGGAGGAUCAGGAGAGGAGGGCGGAACUUUCUUCCAAGCAGGGAGGGCCAACCAAACCUGGGGGUGGGGCUAGCUCCCCACAUGACAUCAUGAUGGGAAAAUCUGAGAAUGUCUUGUUGUAGCACACAUUUUCUGAAAGGUGGGGUGGGGGAUUGAUUUUUCCGAUUCUUGGGGUAAUUGUGGACAGGUCAGGGGCACAUAUU